CCUAACGUACAAAUCUGCUCCGAAACAGACGCGAACCCUGAACCUCUCUGUCCCUCCACGCAAUUUACACAGGAGGUUUUGGAGGUUCCCAUGGCGGGAUUCUGAAGAAUUUCUGGGGGCGGAAUGGACAGCGAGAAUCCUGAGCAAUGUAGUCAGGAAAUAUCUUGUUUGAUUUGCCCUUGUACUAAGCACUGUUUCACUCCUUCCGAUCCAGACGGCAUUAAUACCGCUACGCUUGAAUCGACCUCGGCAUUAAAUUGUUUCGAGUUCGACUCCCAAACCGGCCAUUCCACGUCGGUCUCGUCGUCCGAUUAUGAUUUGAUCUACCAGGAAAUAGAGCUGCAAUUUAAGCCAAAGCGAAGAUCGCGGCGGUCAGAUCGGGGCAAAAGAAACAGAGUAAAGCAGAGGGAGAAUGUUUGCAGAGCUCGCCAAGCCUGUAACUGCGCGGCAAGCUUCGCCGCAGACUGCGCCGCUAUCUGCUGCUGCCCCUGUGUGCUUCUGAACCUCGUCAUUCUCGCCUUUGUGAGAAUUCCCUGCGCCUUUGCGGCUAGGGCUGUCCGCUAUGCGAAGAAGAAGGCUCGGAUUAACACGAAUUCCAAUCAUAAGGAGCGCGAUGACGACGAUGGCGGCGGUGAUGAGAUGAGGGAAAAGCGCAAUUAUUAUACGCCUCCCUGGUCCUGUAUAGUUUCCCCGCAAACAAGCAGUCCUCUCCAAAGAUCGCUCAGCUCGAAGCUCGACACGGACACGCCCUGGGCAGAGCUGUACGCGGCUGGUCAUUUAGGGUUUGGGGGCGCUGUCAUUUGAAAGAAAUUAGGGUUUCUGAUAGCCGCCAAGCCGGCCGGCCCUCGAAUUUGUUUUCUUGCUUAAAUAUCAUUCAUCAUAACAAGAAAUUUCCUGUUUUGAUGCGUUUCUGCCUCUUCUUUUUUGUGCUUUCCUCGCAAUUCGUGUCACAGAGCACAGGCGACUCCAUUGUUUCAUAUUUACCUAGGAAUGUGUUUGAAAUUGCAGAUUGUGAUUAUUGAAUUCAGAAGAAGAAUUGUACAGAGUAAUGGGGGUUGGAAAGCUAAAAUCAAGGCCACAGUCAGAAUGAAAAGUACUGGAGAGAUUUCGAUAUUUAAAUACGGAUGGAGGAAGAAUUUCAUACAGGAUCAAACUAGGUACCUUCACAAAUACUCAAAAUGUUAGGACGCUUAUGUACAUCACCGUCCAAGACAAGUUGAAGAAAUAUGAAACUUCUGUUGAUGAAAUAUGACGAUAUCCUUUUGUAAGGAUUCACCUUACUUGUGUUCCGGAUCGAUCCGUGCCAGGAAAACACUGUUCUAAGAAUGUACAGGCAAUAUCAAACAAUGGAGGGAAGCAGACUUUUGGGUUGGAAUCACAUUUCUGUUUCUCAACCGGUUGUUCAAUAAUAUUUUUUAAUUUACAGUUCAUAAAUUAGAAUUGUAAAGAAGUUCAAAAAUAAAAAUGAGUAGGUAAAGGGGUUCAAUUA